GAGGACAAAGCACUUGUUACUGAAGCUGUUUGACUGCGAAGGAGCCCGUUGUCUGUCUCCGCCCGGGACAGCAGCUCGAAGCGCAGUGGCGACGUUCACAUUUAGUCUCACAACAACAACAACAACAACUUUACUUUGAUAUUAUUUUAAACACUCGCUUCAUUUCCCGACGGACGUAUUCUUCUUUUCUCAAGUGUUGCAAACUCCUCAGAAGAGGUUCGAGUUUGGACCGUGAACAGAGACUCCUCCGGCGCUCCUCAGUUUCGGGACAUCGUUGAGCGAUGUUUGACAAGCAGCACUACGAGAGUCCACCCGUCUACAGUCCUCCCUUCAGCUCGCCGUCCAACAACGGCUUUGGUCCCGGCGGCAGCUUCCGUGGCCCUCACAGCGAUUACAACGCCUACCCUCCUCCCCCGGGAUCCUACUACAUCGAGGACAAACCGCAGCACUUCUACAAAUGGCUGUCGCCUCCGGGGAUCAUCAAGGCCAUGAUGGCUUCGGUGAUCGUCUUGUGUCUGGCGAUAUUUGCCUGCGUUGCCUCGACGCUGAUGUGGGACAUGCAGUAUGGAAUGGGAAUGGGAAUGGGAAUGGGAAUGGGAAUGGGCAGCGGAUACGGUGGCGGUAGCUACGGCUCCGGAUACGGUGGCUACGGAGGUUACGGCGGUGGUUACGGAGGAGGCUACGGCAACAGCUACGGCUCCUACGUCUCACCUUACUCGGCCAAAACCACCAUGAUUGCCAUGGCAGCCAUCAACUUCGUAGGGGCGCUGGUCUUCUUCAUUGCCACCUUCUCUAAAUCCGACACGGUGCACAGUAGGAAGUUCUUUCUGGCCGUCAUGAUAGGCAGCAUCAUUAUGGGUGUCCUGCAGGGCAUCAUCAGCAUCGUCUACAUUGUUGGGGUGAACCCCAUGGCCCAGGGCACCUCCAGUAUGAUGUACAAUCCCAUGUUGAUGAUGUGCCAGAACCUCUACCAGACCUCCUACUCACAGAUGGGAGGAGUGGGAGGCUUCCCCAUUUACAACCAGUAUCUCUACCACUACUGCUUUGUUGACCCACAGGAGGGGAUUGCGAUGGCGUGCGGGUUCCUGGUGGUCAUUGCCUUCGGAGUUGCGGCUUUCUUUGCGCACAAAACAAGAGGGAAGAUCUGGCGCUACGGUAAACCGAAUAUCUACUGGCAGGAGCCUCUGGCGGGCGGGAAAGCCUCAGAAGGCAGAGACGUGGAGGAAUGGGUGAACAAUGUGGAGGAAAGCCGCAGUGCUGAAGACACCCCGACCCUGCUGGUGUCCGAGAAGGGAGCCGGGCUGCUCAACGCCUCAGCAAACAGUGUCAUCUCCUUCCCCCCGGCCAGGGUGGACAGCAGCUCCUACAAUGAGGACACCUACGACAAUAAAGAGUACUCGGACAGGACCACCAGCAGACCAUCAGAAGCCUUCUCCCACGGUGGAAGAACCAGCUCUAGCCCGUCAGAUGAGACCGGCGGCGGUCGCAAGCCCUCAGCCAACCGGGGCAAGAGACGCCGACGUAACCCCGAGCUGGAUGAGUCUCAGUAUGAGACGGAGUACACCACAGGAGGAGAAACGGGCAAUGAACUGGAUGGAGAAGAGUGGGAGAAUACGUACCCAGAUAUAACAUCUGAUGCUCAGCGUCAAGACUAUAAGAGAGAGUUUGACGUGGAUCUACGAGAAUACAAGCGCCUGUGUACUGAGAUGGACGACAUUAAUGACCAGUUGAACAAACUCAGCCGGCUGCUGGACACACUGGAUCACACCUCCGCCAAAUACCAGGGCGUAGCAGAUGAAUACAAUCAGUUGAAGGAUCUGAAGCAGACGUCCGACUACCGGUCCAAGAAGAAAGAGUGUCGCAGGCUGAGACACAAGCUGUUCCACAUCAAACGCAUAGUGAAGGAUUACGACAAGAAGCACUGAUGGACCGAUGAACCCAUUGAGUCCUGACACUGAGCUCUGUGUUCCACAGACACACACCACCGUACACUCCGUAACACCACAAACACCGUGACAUGCCAAGACCAAAGUUACUUCUUCCCCACACACACACACACACACACACACACACACACACACACAUACGCAUAGACAGCAUCAGAUAUAAAUACUACUACUCUUUUUGGAGGAAAAUGGAAGCAGCGUGCUGAGCUGAAGCCACUUCCACAGCAAACACUGCCUUUACUCUCAUGCGUCAGUCGGCAGUAUUGACCCACUUGUGUGGACCAGAGGGUGUGGUUUGGAUAAAGGUCACCUGACCUUCACUCACCUGUGAUAACGUUGUGCUUGGUUUCCGUGGCUCUGUUUGCUCUCCAACCUUUCAUUGCUUUAUCUCCACAGAUAAGCGGUGGAACAGUAUUGUAGAGAACGUAGUCGUUGGUGAGACGGGUUGCUGGGAUUGUUUUGGGAGCAACAUUUUUAGUUGUGCUUUUCUAAUUUUUGCCGUCGGUGUUUGUAAUAUAUUUUAACAUCGGUAAAGUUUAAAAACUGCCCUCUGUGUUUUUAUUUUUUUUGGUCUAAACCAAUAUUUUUACACUGAUUGACAUUAAUGCAUUGAGACCAAAAACAGGACAAAGUCACGCAGUGAGAUACGCGAGACAUUGUUGUUUUAUAUAUUCUUUUAAUAAAUUCUUUUCAUACUACGUACCAAGAACAAAUUAGAUUCAGAGGAUAUCUUAGUUCUGUUAUUUGCACAUACUAUACAAUAAUAUAUAUUUUAAGCUAUGCAAAUAGCUUGAAAAAUCCUGACUACUUAAUAUAAUGUUUGUUAUCAUGCAAGCUCCUCAACAAACUGGAAAACACUGUAUCAUUGUCUAUAAGCUUCAUUCAUCUUUUCAUUUGAUUCUUUGCCAAUGAAAAACGAUCACCUGCUAAUUCCGUGUGUUUUAAUUUUCUUGUGCAAAGUGUUAGGAUCUAGUGGAUGUUAUAAUGUUUUAAUUAUUCAGACACACUUUUGAUUUCUCAUUCAUUUGCAUUUUUACGAAGAACAAUGUUGUCAUUUUACAAACCCUUUGCGAGCCAUUUAUUUUUGUACGAAUUUAUUGUCUUCCAUGCUAUUAUAAGACCAUUUUUUGUAACUGUAUACUUCCAAAAGGUAUGAUGUCUAAAAAGUUCAAUAAUAAUAAACAUUUCUAAUUCUCUUAUAA